GCGCGCCAUUUUGUACCGAGGUGUUAACUCAAUCGUCGCCCCACCACAGACAAUAAUAGACUCGUAAUUUACCUACUUGGUAAGAAGUUUGUAAACAUGGGCGCGAAAGUGAACGAAGAUUUGCUGUCAGAAAGGAAAAAAUGUGAAUUUAAUGUUGAAGAACUCACUAAUUACUUGGAUGGGGGUGCAAAAGCGACUGAAAAUCGGAGGAAAUUGGAGCGUAAAGUCCUAAGUACAAAAGGGCUCAUUGACAAUGUUCCUGAAGAAUUCCUCAGUCAUAAGGAGAAGUAUGAGAAUGCUGUACGUAAGGCGGUUCUGUUCUAUAAGGCUAUGAAAGAUGCUGAAGAUCCCAACCUAUCUGAACAGGAGAGAGCUAACACCACUUACCGCAGCCUCCUACCUUCAGCAGUAUUCAAAGACAACUCCCCAUUUACCCUACACGUAGCUAUGUUCAUACCAGCUAUAUUGGGCCACGCUGACGAAGAACAGAAGAAGUACUGGAUGAACAGGGCUAGUAAGAUGGAGAUCAUUGGCACUUAUGCACAGACGGAACUAGGUCACGGUACAUUUAUCCGUGGUUUAGAAACGACAGCUACUUACGACUCCAAGACUGAGGAGUUUGUGAUGCACAGUCCAACCCUAACCUCUUACAAAUGGUGGCCGGGAAGUCUGGCCCACACUGCGAACUACUGCGUAGUAAUGGCUCACCUAUACAGCCAAGGCAAAAGCUGUGGCAUCCAACCUUUUAUUAUCCAGCUACGAGACGAGGAAACCCACAUGCCGCUUCCAGGCAUCAAACUUGGGGAGAUCGGGGCAAAGCUUGGCUUUAACACGGUUAAUAAUGGAUUCCUUGGCUUUGAGAAUCAUAGGAUACCGAGGAAUAGGAUGCUGAUGAAAAAUGCUCAGGUUCUAAAGGAUGGUACAUUCAGAAAGUCCCCGAAUAGCAAGCUAACAUAUGGAACAAUGGUGUACGUUAGAGUAGUGAUCGUCAACGGCAUGGCUAACCAGCUCGCUAGAGCGGUCACUAUAGCUGUCAGAUACUCCGCUGUCAGGAGACAGUCUGAACUGAAGCCUGAUGCUGGUGAGCCCCAAAUCCUGGACUUCGUAACACAGCAGCACAAGUUGUUCAUCGCCAUAGCCUCGAGCCACGCGUUCAGUCUGACGGCCAAGUGGCUUACUAGAAUGUACUACAAGGUCACUGCUGAUUUGGAGAAAGGAAAUAUGGAUGAACUGCCUGAGCUGCACGCCAUUGCCUGCUGCCUAAAAGCAGUGACAUCCUGGGACACAUCGGCCAUGACAGAGCGCUGCCGUACUUCAUGCGGCGGUCACGGCUACAUGCUGUCCUCUAACCUUCCUCAAAUAUAUGGUCUGGUCACCGCAGCCGUCACCUAUGAGGGAGAGAAUACUGUGCUCAUGUUGCAGACUGCCAGGUCCCUAGUGAAAGCAUUUGAGCAGGCCGCAGCAGGUAAACCCUUAAGCCCAACAAUGUCUUAUCUGUCAGAAAAGAUCGACAAGAAACAGAAAUGGGAUAACUCCGUCGAUGGAAUUAUCAAAGGCUUCAGAAGAGUCGCCACUGGUAAAGUAGCAUCAGCCGUAGCAAGUAUGAAGAAGUAUAUCAAACGAGGCCUCGGUCCUGAAGAUGCCUGGAACAUGUCAUCAGUGCAACUGGUUGCAGCUUCUGAGGCCCACUGCCGAGCAUUCAUCCUAUCUACAUACAGAUCCGAGGUCGACAGGACGACAGGGUCUCUAUCAGAGCCUCUGAGAAGACUGAUGAAUGAGCUGGUGCAACUGUAUGCCAUCUACUGGACCCUGGAGAAACUUGGAGACCUAUUACUGUACACAUCGAUCUCUGAAAAUGAUAUCCGUGAGCUGCAGAGUACAUACGAAGAUUUGCUGGGAAGGAUACGGCCAAAUGCUGUGGGACUCGUAGACGCAUUCGACUUCAGUGAUCAGAUUCUAAACUCCACCCUGGGAGCAUACGACGGUCGCGUGUACGAGCGUCUGAUGGAGGAAGCGCUGAAGAGUCCGCUCAACGCGGAGCCCGUCAACCAGAGCUUCCACAAGUACCUCAAGCCAUUCAUGCAGGGGAAACUGUGAUGAUAGUUUCUGUGAUAACAUUAUUUUUAUGAAGCAUUGUAUCAACUUUGAGAUCAUGUACUAAAUGUAAAUAAGUGGUUUUUGGUGGAAAUAAAUAAAUCAGCAUGUCAUUUUCAAA